UGUAUCCGUUUUCAUUGAUGGCUCGGUUCGGACUUCGGACACAACCAUUUGAUCGUGCUUAGAUGGAAUGGGUUCCAUUGGUGGGCGUGGGCCUCUGUAUGUCGCCGCCAUGGAUCAAUGUCCUCGUCCUCAGUCCUCAUCAGUCCUCACGCCCAUGAAUGAAUGUUUCUUCGAAAUCUAUCCCUAUAAAUGAACACAUACAGAGAAAGAAACUACCACAGUCUACAGCGAUCGGUUUUAAUGGCUUCCAAGGUGGAGAUGGUUAAAUCAGUCUCAUUUCUCCUGUUCUCGCUUGCUGUCUUCCUCACUUCCUCACAAGCCAAGUCCAUCAUUCAGCAACCUCAGCCUUCCAGAUCUUUCAGUCUGAAGAUCCAAAACACCCAGAGUCUGAGGAGCUGCUCUUAUACAGUGACCAUAAGAACCAGCUGCUCCUCAACAUCAUACACUCGAGACAGAAUUAGUCUCGCUUUCGGCGACUCUUUUGGUAACCAGGUGUACGUUCCGAGGCUGGACGAUCCAUCGACGGGAACGUUCGAAAGGUGUUCGACGGAUGCGUUCAAGAUAAGCGGACCCUGUACCUACCAGAUCUGUUAUCUGUAUCUGUUCAGGACGGGUUACGAUGGUUUGAAGCCGGAGUCCGUGAAGAUCAGUGGCUCCUAUGUUAAGACUGUCACAUUUUAUUACGACACUUUCAUUCCUAACGGAGUUUGGUUCGGAUUCAAUCUCUGUAACGAUAUUUCUACCUCUGCUGCGAUGUAGUAUAGUAGCAUAGUACUGCACGAUACUGCCCCAUGUAAUUAAUUGUUAUGGUUGUUGUUUGAGUAAAUUAGUCCACACUACACAAACUCUGCAACAGGCUGCUUCUGGUGCCCUAUCUCUUUUGCUUCUGAGCUUUCUACUAAUCUGAGUUUUCUCCCAAUCUUCUUUAAAUAAAAGAAACUUCUCCUUUUUGAAGGAAGCUUGUUUCUUUUUCUGUGGGAUCAAAUUCUUGGCCUAUGUCAGUUUUUGCCAUGUUUUCCUUCUUUUUUGAAAAUAUCUACAUUGAACUGUGUUUAUCAAGAUGCUGUUUGGUAUGGAGCCAUUUUCUCAA